ACUUUGGAACUUGUUCUUGCCCGGUCAAGGCUACGUUCUGUCUGCGAUGGAGAUAGCGACCGGCCGGGCCAAAGCCUAUACGUAAUCAGUUGUCUUCAAAGACGCGUUGACUGACCAGCUCGCCGCUGCCAUGCCUUACGUCCUAGUUACAACGCAAAUUAGGCUUGAGAAUGGACCAACUUAUGUUGGAGAUGAAUAUUCUGAUCCAGAAUUGAUGCAGUACUUAUGUGCCAACAAAAUUACAGAACCAGGGAACAACUUCUCAACGUACUUGACUGACCUAAAUCCUCGACGUGUCUUGGAUUUACUUGAGAAGCGUGGUUUUCGGCUUGUUGGAAUGAGUGGUAUGGGUCAAACAUGUGUUUGGACCAUGUGGAAAGCCAUCAGUUCUGCUAGUGAUGAUGAAUCUGACAAGUAAAACUUGUAGUCUUAUUC